AUGACGAACAGGAACAUCAAUGAAGGCAUCCCUUCGAGAUGCUGGUGUGGAAAGGGGAUUGUCACUUAUGUUUCAAAAACGGAGGAGAACCCAUACAGACGAUUCUUCAGAUGUGAGAUUGGUUUACAGUGGGUAGACGAGGCUCUGGUUGAUGAGAUUGAAAGGAUGACUGAGCAUCAGGCGAGAGUUGACGAGGAAAUUGAAGAUCUGAGAAUUUCUAUGAAGAAGACAGUGCAGGACGAAGUUAUGAACCAUAAGAAUGCGCUUGAUGUAGGAUGCCUAGGAACCUUUUUCGGUUUAUUAUGUCUCUGGUCCAAAAAUGAUUGA